CACUAAAAGUGAAGAAAUUGAAUUGGAUUCCGAAUCUUCUGAAGCAAUACAGAACUUAAUGUACAACAGCACUAAAAGUGAAGAAAUUGAAUUGGACUCCGAUUCUUCUGAAGCAAUACAG